AAGGAGGAACUCUGGUUAUGCACCAGUAUUGAGACUCAUCCCCUUCCUAACGUUACCCCCUCCCCUUUCGCUGGGCGGGAAAAGGAAAGUACAGUAGGGGAUAUUUUUCUGCAAUUGCAGUUGCAGCGCGGCAUCCUUUCGCCACCCGGUUCCUGCCGCGAGACUGGUGGACCCGUUUUCUCACGCUCUCACAGCUGCUGCUGCUGAGAUCUCUUUGAAAAGGAUUUUCUGAAAUAGUAUUGCCAUGUCUGAUUUUGAAACGGAAGAUACUGAAGAGACUGUAACUUGUUUGCAAAUCACUAUUUAUCAUCCAAAACAAGAAGAAAAACCAGUCUUCCAUGCUUUAAGUUUCUGUCGCCAGCAACAGCUGAGAGCAGAUGACAUAGUGAAAUUUGGAAGAGAUUCAAACAUCUGUCGUUUUUAUUUUGUAGAUCCAAGGGUUUCACGUGUUCAGUUUUGCCUUCAGUUUUUCAGGCACUUCAACAGCUCAGAGUUUGGUUUUGAGAUUAAGAAUCUGAGCAAAAAGGGAAAGUUAUCUGUGGACGAUGUUGAACUGGCCUAUCUAAAUAAAGUCAAUCUUCCAGAUAAAUGUACGGUUUGCUUUGGAGAAUACCAGAUGCAAUUGCAAAAACAAGAAGGACAAUGUGAAGACUACUUUAACAUCUGCUUUGAAUUGGCCAGAACGUCACUGUUACAAGAAAAAAAACUAUUUUUAAAAAAACCAGUAUGUGAAAGUAGCAGUUCAUAUACCCAAUUUCCAACAGAGAUGGAUGAGAAUGAAUAAAUUGGAAAAUUCCAUGAAAAAAACAA